AUGAGAAUCAGUGAUUUUCCAUAUAGACAUAUCGUCAUAGAUAAUUUUCUCACCGAAGAGGAGUUUGUCACGAUUGAAAAGGUGUAUAGGAACAUAAAGUUUUAUGAAAAACACACAGACCUCUACCAUUUUUUUCAGAGCAAUGAACUCGUUGAACUUGAAAGCUUGAAGUUCUUCAAAAGCAAAAUUUAUGAAGCAAUGAGGCCGCUGGAAGAAUCCGAUGGAUCAAAAACUGAUGUAAACUAUGAAACCGUUGCGAAUGAAAAUGCUUUGAACGUGGUAUCUAACGAAAAUAAACAUUGGUUCAACGUUUUCGCUUCUUAUUACGACGUAGGACACUAUCUGCUGUGCCAUGAUGAUCUGAUCGAACAUAGGAAGUACGCUUUUUCGUAUUAUUUGAACGAUUUUUUGUCAGGAGAACUGAUACUUUUCAAUGAAGAUGCUAAUGUGGAAGUUGAAAGAAUAGAGGUCAAACGAAAUCGGAUAGUUAUCUUUGAAGUGUCCGAAAAAUCCUUUCAUGAGGUUAAUUUGUGUGCACAGCCAGGUAGAAAAGCAUUUACAGGCUGGUAUAAUACCGAUAUAAAAACUGAACGAAGAAGUAAAAAAUUUGAAACGAAGAAAAAUACGGCUGUACUUGAAUACGUCGAUAUAUGUGAUGAGAUAGCUGGUGACUGCAUGUUGAUGGAGGUAGGCGAAUACGAUUUUGAAUGGAAGAGCAAGGAAUUAAUAGGCCCGUUUACCGAACAACGAGUCUAUUUGCUUGAUGUGCAAGAGAUUUUAGUGCCAGUCAUUUCAAAUUUGAAGUUUGUAGAGUGCGAUUUCUAUGAAUUCGAGGCCAAUAAUUACAUCUUAAUGAAGGAGAGGGAGCAGGGCGAAUACUACGACAUGUUUAUCAUGAGAUGCAUCGACGAAGAAAUUCAAGGUAAGAAUUUCAUCACGUACAUUGACACAAAUGGUGCCAUAGCAUUCUCUCUAAAAUUUGAGAAUGAAUCGCUUUAUCUGGUCAAAAGAAACGGACUUAGCUUCUUUGUACCACGUACGGAUUGUUCCUUUUAUUUGGCGCAUUUCGUUUUCAUCAUACAUUGAGAAC